UGCGGUCUGACUCCAGUACAUCACCGCUCGUCUUCUCAGGUUUUUUUUCCUUCCCGCUCCAUCUCUCUCUCUCUCUCUUCUCUUCUCUUCUCUUCUCUUCACUUCACUCUGUCCGUUAAUUUCAGUCUUUACCUCACCUCACAAACAUGGCGGUCGCACCGAAGCGGCAGGACACGCGGAAAUUCUUCGAGAAUUUGUCCGGGGAAGGUAAAUCCAUCGCGGUGCUGACCAGCGGAGGAGAUGCCCAAGGUAUGAACGGAGCUGUGAGGGCCGUCGUCAGAAUGGGAAUCUACGUCGGAGCAAAGGUUUACUUCAUCCACGAGGGUUACCAGGGGAUGGUGGACGGCGGAGAAAACAUCCAAGAGGCGACUUGGGAAAGUGUCUCCAGCAUGCUGCAAGUGGGUGGUACGGUGAUCGGCAGCGCCCGCUGCAAAGACUUCCGCACCCGCGAGGGCCGCCUGAAGGCCGCGCACAACCUCGUGAAGCUCAACAUCACCAACAUGUGUGUGAUCGGUGGAGACGGCAGCUUGACCGGAGCCAACCUGUUCCGAGAGGAGUGGAGCAGCCUUCUGGACGAGCUGCUCCAGCAAGGUCUGAUCGACGACGAGGCGGUCGUGAGUAACUCGGUGCUGCACAUCGUCGGCAUGGUCGGCUCCAUCGACAAUGACUUCUGCGGCACGGACAUGACCAUCGGCACCGACUCCGCCCUGCAUCGGAUCAUUGAGGUGGUGGACGCCAUCAUGACCACUGCUCAGAGCCACCAGAGGACGUUUGUCCUGGAGGUCAUGGGCAGACACUGCGGAUACCUGGCCCUGGUCAGUGCCCUGGCCUGUGGAGCUGAUUGGGUUUUUAUCCCUGAAAUGCCUCCUGAGGACGGCUGGGAGGACAACAUGUGUCACAAACUGUCUGAGAACCGAGCUGAAAGGAAAAGGCUGAACAUUAUUAUUGUAGCCGAAGGUGCCAUAGAUUCCCACAACAAGGCUAUAACUCCCGAUUAUAUCAAGGAUCUGGUGGUCAGCCGCUUGGGUUUUGACACUAGGGUCACCAUCCUGGGCCAUGUGCAGAGAGGUGGGACCCCCUCGGCCUUUGACCGGAUCCUGGCGAGCCGUAUGGGCGUGGAGGCAGUGCUGGCGUUACUGGAGGCGUCCGCCACCACCCCGGCCUGCGUCGUGUCUCUGGUCGGUAACCAGGCCGUUCGACUACCACUUAUGGAGUGUGUUCAGAUGACCCAGGAAGUCCAGAAGGCCAUGGAUGAGAAGAAGUUUGAUGAGGCGGUCAGACUGCGUGGGAGGAGCUUUGAGCACAACCUCGCCACAUACAGACUCCUCUCCUACCACAAAGCUGACGGGGAACUUCCACACAACGCGUUCAAUGUGGCGGUGCUGAAUGUCGGGGCACCGGCGGCAGGAAUGAACGGCGCCGUGCGCUCUGCCGUCAGAGUGGGCAUCGCAGAGGGCCACAGGGUGUUUGCGGUCAGCGACGGCUUCGAGGGAUUCUACAAAGGACAGAUCAAGGAGAUUAAAUGGGGAGAUGUGGGUGGAUGGACUGGUCAGGGAGGGUCACUGCUCGGGACAAAAAGAACUCUUCCAGGAAAACAUCUGGACAAAAUUGCAGAGCAGAUGAGGAUCCACAACAUCAACGCUCUGCUCGUCAUCGGGGGUUUUGAGGCCUACGUGGGAUUACUGGAGCUUUCUUCAGCACGGGACAAAUAUAAUGAGUUCUGUGUGCCCAUGGUCAUGGUCCCGGCCACAGUCUCCAACAAUAUACCUGGUUCAGACCUCAGCAUCGGUGCAGACACCGCUCUGAACGCCAUCACUGAUGCCUUUGAGUCGCUGCUGCAGCUGUACGAGGCCCGUGACCACCACGAGGAGUUCUGCGUCCCCAUGUGCAUGUUACCCGCCACCAUUAGUAACAAUGUUCCCGGCACCGACCUCAGCAUCGGCGCCGACACGUCCAUCAACGCCAUCGUGGAGACGUGCGAUCGCAUCAAACAGUCGGCAAGCGGCACCAAGAGGCGUGUCUUCAUCAUCGAGACCAUGGGUGGCUACUGUGGCUACCUGGCCACGGUGGGCGGUCUGGCGGCGGGCGCCGACACCGUCUACAUCUACGAGGAGCCGUUUGACAUCCGCGACCUGCAGGCCAACGUGGAGCAUCUGACGCAGAAGAUGAAGACGAGCGUCCAGAGAGGACUAGUGCUCAGGAACGAGAACUGUAACGACAACUUCACGGCGGACUUCAUCUACCAGCUUUACUCGGAGGAAGGUCGCGGCGUGUUCGACUGCAGGAAGAACAUCCUGGGUCACAUGCAGCAGGGGGGCGCUCCAUCUCCGUUUGACAGAAACUUCGGCACCAAAAUCGCAGCCAAAGCUAUGCAGUGGAUCACUCGGACGCUCAAAGAUUCGUACAAAGGAGGGCGAGUGUUUGCGAACUCGGACGACACCGCCUGCCUGUUGGGGAUGCGUCGUAGAGCGAUGGUCUUUCAGCCCGUGUCGCAGCUUCGAGACGAGACGGACUUUGUCCACAGGAUUCCGAAGGAGCAGUGGUGGCUGAAGCUCCGCCCCCUGAUGAAAAUCCUGGCCAAGUACAAGACGAGCUACGACGUGUCCGACUCCGGGCAGCUGGAACACGUGACCCGGAUCCGGCCCAAAGACAGCCACACCACGUCUCAUCACAUCUGAACCGCGGAGGCAGAGACAGCGCCGCGACUGUGACGGCGACCACACACCGCAGUAGAUUUAAGAAAAUAAAUUAAAUAUAUAUAUAUACAUAUAUAGGUAGAUAGAUAUUAGUAUUAUUAAAGGUAUAUUAUAUGUUAAAAUCACUGCACUUUCAGGACGGAUCUACAAUAUAUCUAUUAUUUUAGAUAUACACAUUCAAUUUAAAGGGUCAUUUCAACAAGUAAGAGAUUGAUUGGAAAUUUAGGAAAUAGAGUUAAUAUAUAUAUAUAUAUAUAUAUAUAUAUAUAUGAGGAUAUAAUGUAUCGCAUUUUAAAGUUUGGUUUUAAAAAUGUAGCUCUAUUUAUUAGUUUUUUUCCUCUUUUUCUCCUGCACUUUAAUCGUAAAUUAAUGUAAAGCUGCUUUUAAACGAGGGAACGAGCCAUUAGAAUCACUGUAGCCGUCAAAGACACUUUGAAAAAGUGUCUGUCAUUUGUCUUUCUUUUUUUUUUUUUCAAUCUUAAGUCGCGUUCUGUGGAAGUGAAGCAAAAGAAUGUGAUGUGUGCGCAACAUUAGCUUCUGUGCCAGCGCCGUGUGUCAUGUGAGCGUCCUUUCAAGUUUAAUAAAGCAUCUGUUGUGUGGAAACGAGAAA